AUGGCGGCGAAUCUAGUGAGCGUGGUGCUCAGCGCCGUCAAAACGGCGUCCAGCUUAGUGAGUUUCCAGAAGUUCUGGUUCCUGCCCACCUUCCUGGCGACGCUCGCCUACUACCACUACGACCUCUUCGAUCCGGAGAACCGCCCCAUCAACCAGAAGGUGCUGCGCCACGAGUACGACUUCGUGAUCGUGGGCGGCGGGUCGGCAGGCUCCGUGCUGGCCAACCGCCUGAGCGAGGUGCCGCACUGGAACGUGCUGCUGCUGGAGGCCGGCGGUCACGAGACAGAGAUCACCGACGUGCCGCUGCUGUCGCUCUACCUGCACAAGAGCCGCUUCGACUGGAAGUAUCGCACCCAGCCGCAGCCCACCGCUUGCCAGGCGAUGAUCGACAAGCGAUGCUGCUGGACGCGCGGCAAGGUGAUCGGCGGGUCGUCCGUGCUCAACACGAUGCUGUACAUCCGCGGCAACCGGCGCGACUACGACGCGUGGGAGGCGCAGGGCAACCCGGGCUGGAGCUACGAGGACGUGCUGCCUUACUUCAAGAAGUCGCAGGACCAGCGCAACCCGUACCUGGCGAAAAACACGCGCUACCACGCGACGGGCGGCUACCUCACGGUGCAGGACUCGCCCUUCAACACGCCGCUCGGCAUCGCCUUCGUGCAGGCGGGCGUGGAGAUGGGCUACGAGCACCGCGACAUCAACGGCGAGUUCCAGACGGGCUUCGCGCCCUUCCAGUUCACCAUGCGGCGCGGCUUCCGCUGCUCCGCGGCCAAGGCCUUCCUGCGGCCCGUGCGCCUGCGCAAGAACCUGCACGUGGCGCUCUGGGCGCACGUCACAAAGGUGCUGAUCAACCCCAAGACCAAGCGCGCGUACGGAGUGGAGUUCGUGCGGGACGGCUACAAGGAGAAGGUGCUGGCGCGCAAGGAGGUGAUCCUGUCGGCCGGCGCCAUCAACUCCCCGCAGCUGCUCAUGCUGUCGGGCGUGGGGCCCGCCGCGCACCUCAAGGCGCACAGCAUCCCCGUGCUCCAGGACUCGCCCGGCGUCGGCAAGAACCUUCAGGACCACAUCGCCAUCGGCGGCGUGCUUUGGCAGAUCGACCACCCGGUGAGCAUCAUGAUCGACCGGGUGAUGAACCUGAACGCGGCGAUGCGUUACGCCGUGCUGGGCACCGGGCCGCUCACCUCCAACGUGGGGCUGGAGGCCGUGGGAUUCAUCACCACGAAAUACAACAACCAAUCUGACGACUGGCCCGACAUGGAGUUCAUGAUCACGUCUUCGUCUACCGUGUCGGACGGCGGCACGCAGGGCAAGCGAGCGCACGGGCUCACCGACCGCUUCUACAACGAGUACCUGAGCUCGCUCAACAACAAGGACGUCUUCGGCGUCUUCCCCAUGAUGCUGCGGCCGCGCAGCCGCGGAGAGAUCUUGCUGCGCAGCAACGACCCCUUCAAGUACCCGCUGCUCUACCACAACUAUCUCACUGACCCGCACGACGUGGGCGUGAUGCGCGAGGGCGUGAAAGCGGCCAUCGCCUUCGGCGAGACGCGCGCCCUCAAGCGCUUCGGGGCGCGCUACCACCGCGUGCCGGUGCCCGGCUGCCGCAAGCUGCCGCUCUUCACAGACGAGUACUGGGACUGCUUCAUCCGACAGUACACCAUGACCAUCUACCACAUGUCGGGCACCUGCAAAAUGGGGCCCGACGGCGACCCCAUGGCCGUGGUGGACCCGCAGCUGCGCGUCAAGGGCAUCUCCAACCUGCGCGUCAUCGACGCCUCCAUCAUGCCCACCAUCCCCAGCGGCAACAUCAACGCGCCCGUCAUCAUGGUGGGAGAGAAGGGCGCGGAUCUCGUGAAGGCAGCAUGGGGCGGAGGCCCGCUCCUGCAGCAGGCUCGACAACGCCGCCAGCCACAGUCACAGUUGCAGCCACAACCGCAGCCACAGACGCAGCCACAGCCACAGCCGCAGCCACAGUCACAGCCGCAGCCACAGACAAAGCCACAGCCACAGCCACAGCCACAGAAGCAGGAGCAGCAGGUGCAAGAGUCGUCGGUCCCCGCUGCUGCCCCUGCCCUUGCCGCGCUCGCCAACGUCACAAGGUGA